CCAUGAAAGGAAAGGGCCAAAAUCUCUGCUAGCACUUGACAAAAUCCAAUACCAAGGAAAUAAAUUAUGGUGACGGACGCUGGUAGGGGUAGGAUGCCAGAUGCCAGAUGCCAGAUGGAAGAGAUGAUCACCUGACUAGUUCUGCUCACUCACAAACUCACCGUUAAAGCGGCAAGAUUCCGCCGGGGCUGCGAGCUUCUAGAAUCUGCGAAAAACGAAGAUUUAUUUCUUGGAUUGCAAGCAUACCCUACCUACCCUUGCCGGGCUGCUUAACUACUAUAGCCCCCCCUCUCCCAGACGAAGAAUGGCCGCGCCCGUCCCCAUUGACCGUCUCCCGCCAACGACGACGGCCUACGUGAUUGCGACGGCUAUCAUCGCCGGUAUCACGGGCUACUUCAUCGGUCAAGGGUCCGCGCUGGGGUUAUUCUCCGCCUCGAAAAAGGAGAAGGAGGGCUGGCCGAAUAGUUACAAUGUGAAGGUGCCUGUGGAUUCGUCUGACGAGGAGGCAGAAGAAUCAGAUGAAGAGGAGUCCGAGAGCGAAGGGGAAGAGGAAGAGGAUAUGAGCGGGGAUUUGGCCAGCUUCGAUGGGAACAACGAGGAGGUCAAACUGGUUCUUGUUGUGAGGACUGAUUUAGGGAUGACAAAGGGCAAAAUCGCCGCCCAAUGCUCACACGCGACCCUCGCUUGCUACAAAUACUUUCUCUCCAAGUCACCGAAUUCGCCGAUUCUUCGAAGGUGGGAGCGCGGCGGUCAGGCAAAGAUUGCCCUGCAGCUCAAGUCGGAGGAGGAGAUGAUGCUCCUUCAGGCGCAAGCGAUCAGCCUCGGCCUCUGCGCCCGCGUGAUACAAGACGCUGGACGGACACAGAUUGCGAGCGGGAGCAGGACGGUUCUGGGUGUGCUGGGUCCCAAAAGCGUGGUUGACGGCGUGACGGGACAUUUGAAGUUACUAUGAGGGGGCUGCAGCCAUGUAUCGAGAUAUGACAGGGCAUUCACGACCACGGCAUGGUGGUGAUGGAAUGAGACACAAGACUCAAGCCUGCUCUUGCGCCUGUAUAAUAAUGAAAUGCACAACAUGACCGUAGGAUCAAGCCGACUGAUAGUCGAGGCACCACUACAUCUAUUCUCUGCCCCAUUACUUGCGGCAAAAAAGAAUCCCGUAUGCUACAAAUUAAUAGCCAUAGGAAUGGCAGGAUAUGUUGGCUUGUCAUGGUUUGUCCCUAGCCUCACUGGCCGACGGCCAUUCGGCAAAGAGAGUAGGAAUAUGACGCCGUCAGCAACCGGGCAAUCCAGCCGAGCUCACCUCCGAAAAGGGAGCUCAAGACCAGACGAACACCCAGCACCGAC